AUGGCUUUGCUCUCAGCUCUCGCGACGGAGAUUGCGAUCCCGGUCUGUGCCGUCAUCGGGAUAGUGUUUUCCCUGGUGCAGUGGCUCCUUGUGUCAGGGGUGAAGUUCGCCCCAAAGCUGCACGCGCCGCCGUCGUCCCCGUCCCCAAACAGCGAUGACAAUGGCCACAGCAACUACCUCGAGGAGGUAGAUGAAGACGUGAACGACCAGGCCGUCGUGUCCAAGUGUGCUGAGAUACGGAGUGCCAUCUCCGAAGCUACGAAAUCUUUUCUGUUCACGGAGUACCGGUACGUUGGAGUUUUCACGGUUGCUUUCACGAUUCUAAUCUUCCUCGUCCUUGGCUCUGUUGAGAGAUUCAGCAUCCAAAGCCAGCCUUGCACGUAUGAUCCGUCACGCAUGUGCAAGCCUGCACUUGCCACUGCCGUUUUCAGUGCUGUUUCAUUUUCAGUUGGUGCUUUCACCUCACUCCUCUCUGGUUUCCUUGGCGUGAAAAUUGCUACCUAUGCCAAUGCAAGGACUGCCUUGGAAGGGAGAAGAGGCAUUGGAAAAGCUUUCAUUACAGCUUUCAGGGCUGGUGCGGUUACGGGAUUUCUUCUUGUUGCUAAUGGUCUUCUUGUGCUCUAUAUUGCAAUCAAUCUGUUCAAGUUGUACUAUGGUGAUGACUGGGAAGGUCUUUUUGAGGCCAUUACCUGCUAUGGUCUCGGUGGAUCUUCCAUGGCUCUCUUUGGAAGAGUCUGUGGUGGAAUUUAUAGCAAGGCUGCUAAUGUUGGUGCUCUUCUGGUUGGAAAGGUUCGGAAAAAUAUCCCAAAAGAUCAAAGAAACCCAGCAGUGAUUGCUGAUAAUGUUGGUGCUAAUGUCAUGGAAAUUGCCGGGAUGGGGUCUGAUCUUUUUGGUUCUUAUGCCGAAUCAUCCUGCGCUGCCCUUGUUGUUGCUUCCAUCUCUUCUUUCAGAAUUGAUCGUGACUUCACUGCCAUGUGUUAUCCCUUGCUUAUCAGCUCGAGUAUCCUUGUUUGCUUGAUCACAACUCUCUUUGCGACCGACUUCCUUGAAAUCAGGCGCAUGGAGGAAAUCAAACCUGCAUUGAAGAAGCAACUUAUUAUUUCCACAAUUCUAAUGACUGUUGGAAUUGCUAUUGUUAGCUGGAUUGCUCUGCCCUCAUCAUUCACAAUUUACAGCUUCGGGUCACAGAAAGUUGUGAAGAACUGGCAGCUGUUCGUGUGUGUAGGUGUAGGUCUUUGGGCUGGACGAAUUAUUGGGUUUGUCACUGAAUAUUACACGAGCAAUGCCAACAGCCCCGUCCAAGAUGUUGCUGAUUCCUGCAAAACUGGUGCUGCCACCAACGUCAAUUUUGGCCUUUCCUUGGGAUAUAAGUCUGUCAUUAUCCCAAUUUUUGCUAUUGCCAUUAGCAUUGUUGUGAGUUUCAGUUUUCCUGCCAUGUAUGGAAUUGCUGUGGCUGCCCUUGGGAUGCUGAGUACCACUGCCGCUGGAGUGGCCAUGGAUGCUUACGGUCCCAUCAGCAACAAUGCUAGAGGUAUUGCUAAGAUGGCUGGCAUGAGUGCCAGAGUUCGUCAGAGCACUGAUGACCUUGUCGCUGCGGGCAAUACUAGUGCUGCCACUGGAAAGGGAUUCGCUAUUGGAUCAGCUGCUCUGGUGUCUCUCGCUUCGUUCGGUGCAUUUGUGAGUCGUGCAGCAAUUUCUACCAUUGAUGUCUUGACACUGAAGGUCUUCAUCAGUUUGGUCGCGGGUGCCAUGCUUCCUUACUGGUUCUCUGCUAUUGCCAUGAAAAGUGUGGGGCGUGUUGCGUCGAAGAUGUUUCAGGAGGUCUGCGGGCAGUUAGACAUUCCAGCGCUCAUGGCUGGUCAUAAGAACCCUGACCAUGCUACAUGCGUCAAAAUUUCAACUGAUGCAUCUAUCAGGGAGAUGAUUCCACCUGGUGCCCUUGUCAUUCUUACACCACUUAUCGUUGGGACCUUCUUUGGUGUGGAGAUGCUGUCUGGUGUUUUGGCUGGCUCUCUUGUUUCAGUUGUUCAGAUUGCAAUUUCGGCAUCCUGCUCUGGUGGAGCAUGGGACCAUGCAAAGAAGUACAUUGAGGCUGGUGCUUUGGAGCAUGCAAGGACCCUUGACUCCAAGGCAUCGAAGCUUCUCGAGGCUGCUGUUGUUGGAGAUACCAUCGGUGAUCCAGUGAAGGACACUGUAGGUCCAUCACUCAACAUCCUCAUCAAGCUAAUGGCCGUGGAGUCGCUUGUGUUUGCUCCUUUCUUUGCAACUCACGGUGGUCUGCUCCUCAAGAUUUUCUGAGGGAGGAAAUUGAAGACUUUCCUUUUGUAGUAGCAGGCAUUAUAAU